CUUAUCAUUACAAUCUGGCUGGUGUUUGCAGUUACGGUGAACGAAGUGUUUCUUGUUUAACUGAAUCGGAAGAUUUUGCAAUAAUGGGAUUUAUAGAAGAAAUAAUUCACAGUGUGGAUAAGUCACUUAUUGUAAACUGCUGGAAAUAUAUAUUUCCAAUACUAGUGGUAUGUUAUCUUAUCAUUUUCCUUUACGAUAAACAUCUCUAUGGCGGAGGAAAAUCGAAAAAAGUUCCUGUUGUCGAAUCGAAGCAAAAAUUGGAUGGUAUCGAAUAUGUUGGAGAAAUCGAGUCGUACGAGUUUGAUCCAACUCCAGUAUUGGAAGAGAAGGAACAUAUUCCUUUCAAGGGGGCUACGGUCACGCUCGACUCCAAUCCUCGGAAAGCGGCGGACCAAUUUUAUGAAAUUGUUAACGAUAGACGAAGUGUUCGUUCUUUCAGUACGCGUCCGAUCGAUAUUACCGUCGUUGAGAAAUGCCUCCAUGCAGCCGGUACCAGUCCCAGUGGGGCACACACAGAGCCAUGGACCUUUUGUUUAGUCACCAAGCAAACCCUGAAGGAAGAGAUACGAGAAAUCAUCGAGGCAGAAGAAUUCGUGAACUACCAGCAGCGAAUGUCCAAACAAUGGACCACAGAUUUGAAACCCCUUCGAACGAACCAUGUGAAAAAAUACCUCAGUGAUGCACCCUGUUUAAUUCUAAUUUUUAAGCAAACCUAUGGCUUCAAGGCAGAUGGGAGCAAGAAACAACAUUACUAUAAUGAAAUUUCAACCUCGAUCGCCGUUGGAAUUUUACUUUGUGCAUUGCAGGCCGCUGGCUUGAAUUCGCUCGUGACCACGCCCUUAAAUUGCGGUCCUGCGUUGAGGAAUCUGCUUGGACGACCGGUAAACGAGAAAUUAUUGGUAUUACUUCCCGUCGGGUAUGCAGCGGAAGAUUGCACUGUACCUGAUCUAAAGCGCAAAUCCCUAGAUCAGAUUUCGAUUAAAUACAAGUAAAUGUUAGUGAUGGAUACUAUGAAUAAAAUCUGAUUUAACUAAUCUAUUGGUGAAAUAUGUUAUGCCAUCACACCAUACUUAGAAGUUGGCAAUCUUAAGUCGGUCCAUACUACUUCUACUGACAAAUAUUUAACGAUUAAUAAAAGAUUGAAUAUAUACGCUAUUCAGGAAAUUUCAUUCUAUUCCUUAACUUAGUUUAGCUUUCAUUCAAAAGUAUGAGGGUCUGUGCCUAGGAACACGAACGCUGGCCUGACGUAAAAUUACAAAAGUAGAUAUUCUAUUAGAUAAUGCUGGAGAUUUAUCAAAUGUUCAACAGUU